GUUCUAUGAUCGUGGUCUCCUCUGUCAGUGCAAGGUGUACGCUCUAAAAAUCUACUCUAGUGUUUCUCACAUCGAAUUAUAAAAUCAAAAAACCCGGAUACAGUGUUUUCUCCCAAAAAAGGCCACAAUGGGAGGUCUUCUUUAUGACGACGGUCCCAUCAUCAAACCUGUCGAGUCCGUUUCGACAGCGGCACUCAUUGGAUCAUGUGUCGGAACCGCGACCGUAGUCUGCGCCGUAGUGAUGACCUGGUGGCUCUGUAGACGACGAAGAGAGCACACAAAAUUGAGUUCAGACAAGUCCCUGGCUUUCAGACCACCUCACCGGAAGCCCACUGCCGUUAAAAGUCCCGGAAGUGCAACCCACUAUCUGAAGAAGAGUCCCAGUCCAACUGGACCAGCUAAAAGUCCUCCAGGAUCUGGAGGACAGAGUCCCAGUCCCACCGGAUCUCAGCAUUCUCAACCCAAUAGCCAUGGACCUCAAUCCCGGUCACCUCAAGAUUCCACAUCUCCGGCGCAAACACCUUCUGGCGAAACUAGCAUGGCUAUCGAAAAUGAAAAAGACAAGGCAGAAUUGGAAAUCAGUGAGAAGGUGGACCGAGGAAAUGGGAUCAUUGUCGAUUUGAAUAAAGGUGGUCUUGGUCAAUUGGUCUUCAAAUUGCGCUAUCUUGGUGAACAAAAUGCCCUGGCAGUCACUGUUGUGAAAUGCAAAGGUUUGCCAGCUAGAGGAACGCAUAAUGGAAGCAGUGAUCCCUAUGUGAAGCUUCAAUUGCUGCCUGAUAAGCAACACAGAACCAAAACUAGAGUCUUGAGAAAUACGAGGGAUCCAGUUUAUGAUGAGGACUUUACUUUCUUCGGAAUUUCACAGAGUCAACUUCAGAAAAUCAGUCUUCACUUCGUGGUGAUGAGCUUCGAUAGAUAUUCACGAGAUGAUAUUAUUGGAGAAGUGGUUUGUCCUUUGACGUCAGUAUCUGAUCUUGAAGAUGCAAUGAAUCGACAAAUAUCCUUGUGUCGAGAAAUCUGCCCUCGAAGUUUAAAGAUUCAAUCUCAAGGAAGAGGAGAAUUGUUGGUAUCCUUAUGCUGGCAGCCAGCAGCAAGUAAACUCACUGUAGUGGUUUUAAAAGCUCGUAAUUUGCCAAAAAUGGACGUCACUGGUUUGGCAGAUCCCUAUGUGAAAAUUUAUCUUCUAUAUAAUUCGCAACGUAUCGCAAAGAGGAAGACCCAUGUCAAGAAACGCACUCUGGACCCAAUUUUUAAUGAAUCCUUCGUUUUUGAAAUACCGAAUGGAACCGAAGGUCUCAGCAAGAUCAGUCUUGAAUUUGCUCUUCUUGAUUGGGACAGGGUUACCAAGAACGAGGUCAUUGGGCGAUUGGAGGUUGGUGGUCCUAAGUGUCAGGGAUCAGCUCUAAACCACUGGAAUGAGGUUUGCACAUCGCCGAAGCGCCAGAUCGCCGACUGGCACAAAUUAAGGGAAUAAAAACUUAAUCGCUCUUUAUCACUUUUCGCGAAAUUCUCAUAAACGCGCCCCAAAACAUUUUUCCAUAUCUAUAAACCCGUGAAAUCAAACACCGAAUUCACCCACGAAAAGCACAGAUUUAUAAAGGUGUCUUAUUUUAUAAACAUAACUAUACUCGAUGUGUAAUAUCCGGCUUCAGAUCUGUGCAGCUUCCGUUUGUAAAAUAGAAAACAAAAUAUUGAUAGCUAAGGUCGAAAGAAGGGUAAGAAAUUUAUUUAGCGUCGACUUCCAAGAAAUGCCUAAAUUUGAAAGCUUUCGACGUUGUAGAUAUAUUUAUAAAGUAUUGGAAAUAUCUUCAGAAAGUCUUUUUUGAGAUUCAACAGGAUUCCGAAUGUGAAGAAGCAAUCACGUUAAAAAAAGUCUCGAAUUUUUACAACUUCUUCUUCUAGAGAAGAAAAAUAUCAGGACUAAAAAUAUUAUUCAUGGGCCCAGGGAGCGGAUUAGAGCCACUGAGAAGUUAGUUGAGGAGCGCAGCUCAGCUCUCACACGCGGAGAACCAAUGGCCCGGCAGAGGCGGUUGCGUAGCAAUGCGCAUGUCUGUCGUGCGCGCGCACGCUUGCCGCUGGUCUAACAGGGGUUCUCCGCAUGUGAGAGCCGAGCUGCAAUCGUUUGCUAACUUUACAGUGGCUCUAAUCCAUUCUCGUUUGGACUAAAUAUUUACAUUUUAUUUUCUUUUACUAUUCACACUUGCAGACUUCUAAAUUGUUGGGACUUUAAUUUCCGCAACAGAUUGAAAUUUUAUUCCCAGUAAAAAUUUGCGCCUAUAAAUAAUUAGGAGCUAUAAUUUUCUUCUCUGAAUGAAACCUUGAUUGGUGUUUUGUCAACUCAAAGUUUCAAAGAGUACAAAGCUUCUUCCAUUCCACUAAUCGAUGGAACAAUAUCGUAAGAGAUAUUCAAACUUUUAUCACUCGCUGAUAAAAAAUUUAGUAAACCAAGUGACGACGUAUUCCAUGUAAAUGGCAUAGUUAGAAUCAGCCCAAUGUCAUCUCAUCGGAUGUAAAAUGUAAAAUGUGGAAAAUUUGUUUAUGUGUCAUUCCAUUACUAUAUUUCUUACCAGCGGAGAACGCCAAUUGUUAAUUUAAGUUUCGGUUUACAAUUUGUUGAAUAAAAAACAGUCAUAUGCGCUAUUUACGUCGUUUUUUAGAAAAUCUACUUUAAAAUUUUUGUCAAAUCAUUUAGAGUUUGGCUAAAGACACUUCGGAACAGCCGGUAGCUCAGACAGCAGCGCCGCGGCUUCAUAACCGAAAAGUUACGUGUUCGAUUCCCGUUGUUUGCAUUUUUUAAUUUAUUUUUUUUAAUUUUCAUAAAUAUAAUUUCCUUCAACAAUAUUUAAAAGCUGUACAAAUAAUAAUUUUGUAAUGCCUUUAAAUAAAUAAAAAAGACCGGGUAGCGCUGAUUGAACAAGGAACCUUCCAGCUAUGAAGCCCAAACGCUGUACUAAACUGCCUGAGCUACAGGCCGUUCGGAUAUUUUUUUCGGCGGUCUCCCCUUGUUAGCAGAUGGAAUUACUUUCUCUUCCCUUCUGAGUAAAAAAAAAUACAAAGAGAUGAAUUUUCGAUAUAAGCGUAAGAUAAAAACGUGUAUUUGAAAAUGGUAAGUGAUAAUCGUUAAUUGAUAAAACGGUUAUCAAUCAAGGAGAAAUUUUUAAAAGGCGAAGAAAGUAACAGCCUCAGAAACAGAGAUCAGUAUUUAUCACUGGAUACUUUCAUCCUACAUUAAUUAUUUCAGAUCCAUAACGGGUUUUUAUUAAAAAGUAAAUAUAAUUUUAAAAAGGUGGUAAAUAUUGUCGGGGGUGAUUAUUUAAUAUCAAUAAUUAAGGAUUCCAAUUUUUUAGAAUAAAAAGUAAAAAAAGUCAAAGUGGUUUUGAGAUAUCAGAGGUUGCUACUUUCCUUUCUCGGAUAAAUAAGCGACCUUUUCUGUAAAUAUGUAAGUGAUGUUGAUGAACUUGUAUAAUUAUAAUCGCAAUUUAUUUAUAUUAAUUUAUCUAUCAACUGUUUUCUAGUAUUAUAGAAAUAAGUUAAAUUAUAUUUUUUGAGCUAACUUGCUUUUCUCACUUUUAGCCAACGUUCUCGGGUCUGGGAAAAGGAAAGGAACCAGAGUUUAAGAAUUUUUUUUCAAACGUCGAUAUUAUUUUUUCGCACGAAUGUCAAUUUUUGCAGCAACGCAUAUUACGAAAUAAAUAAUCUUGUGUAUUUUUUAUAGUAAUUUUCUGCGAUUCUUUAAGCAGUUUUGAAACAAAAAGAGCAAGCCCAAUAAAAGUAAAAAGUUUGUAUUUACUCAGGGAGCAGAUUACAUCCACUGUGAAGUUAUCCGAAGAGCGCAGCUCGGCUCUCAAUUGCGGAGAACCGACGGUCCGGUAGAGAAGGGAUGGCGAAGAAACGUGUGCGCCCGGAGUGCGCGCGCACACUUGAUGUUGAUCUAACACAUGUGAGAGCCGAGCUGCGCUCAUCACAAAACUUCACAGUAGCUCUAAUCCGCCCCCUGUAAUAAUUAUUGUUUGAAUUGUACAGAAAAUAAUUAUGAAUUUUGCAUAACUCAGAUGUUAUCUCAUGAUUUUUGCGCUUCAAGUGGUAAUUAAUAUAUGGUAAUUAAUGUGAAGAGAAGAAUAGAUUUUCUAUUGGAGAGAGAUGAGUCAUUCUAGUCAUUGUGGUAAGAAAAAGUACCUUUGAGGGAAAAAAAGUUGAAAGUAAGUCGAGCGUUAAAAGUAAAUCACAAAAAGACUCAAUGGGUUAUACUGAUUAACGAUAAAAAAAUACUGAAUUAUAUCAAUAGGCAUAAUACACGAAAUUUAAUAAAGUUCAAAAAUGCAUUCUAAUCGAGAGUGUCAUCUAUCUACUUAAUUGCUAUACUGUAACGAUUAAAAAGUACGUGCGUAACAAGUUAACGAGUAGGAUAAUACUUUAGGACAAAAUGUGCUUCGUCUUCUGAUUUUACAGAGUUAAAAAUUCGAUAGAUUUAUAGAGAGCGGAUUAGAGCCUGUGUAAAGUUAGCUGAAGAGCUCAGCUCGGCUCUCAAAUGCGGAGAACAGUCGGAGUGGCAGGGAAGCAAAGAGCGUGCCCGACUUGCGCGCGCAUGUUUUUCGCUGAUCUAACAGGGGUUCUCCGCAUGUGAGAUCCCUGCUGCGAUCGUCAACUAACUCCACAGUAGCUCUAAUCUGCUCUGAAAAGAUUUUAGUGAAAUAUUUAAUAUGUCUAAAAAAUUAACUCUGCAAAAUCACGAAAUAAUUCAGCUCUAACACUCAUUGAUUCUCGAAAUGGAAUCUUAGAAAGCAUCUUGCGAUUCAGAGAAUUCCAUUUUUAUCAUUUAAAUUAUUACUUACUUUUCAGUUUGGCAAUUAGAUUUGCCAUUUCUUUCUGGUAGUGACAUUUCUGAAUUGCUUGAUGAAUUGUCUGGGAUUCGAGAAUACAAAAAAAUAAAUGCGUACAGCAUUCUGUGUAAACAGAUUUUAAGGCUGUGCCGUCAAUAAAGAAUUUAAAAACAAA